UGUGUUUAGUACUUCCACAAAACAGAUUUCCCUAGGCUAUCUCAAAGUCACAUAUGUUUGUAUGUAUAUUUUUAUCUCACUAUUAUAAAGGGAUAAAGCAGUUUGGUGUCAGUCUUUGCCACUUUUUUUCUGGACCCUCAUCUGGGUGUUCAUGCCUUCACUGUUAUUACAUGUCCUCUCCCUAGUUUGAUAUAGUUUCCUUGGUUAUUCGGUAAGAAAUAAUUGCACAUCUUCCACCAUUCUCAACUUCAUUACCAUAUUUCAACUUCUGUAACCAUUUUAUUUAUCAGUUGUAGCAGCUAAGGGUAUUUGGACUGUUGUUUUAGCAAAAUCUUUUCAACAGAAGUGUUUAUUAAUCUACGUACAUUAUGUGAGUAUGUUCUGAUCAGUGCUUUGGCAGGAACUACAACAGAUUCUUCACAAACAAAAGUUCAUCUCUGCUCAAAGGUCACUUCACAGUUCUGUUUGCUUUGCUCUUUCAGAUCUGGUGGAAUGGAAGUGAAAAUCAUUUCUAGGAGGUGUACUGCAGUGGUUAUGAAUUUAGUGUAUGCCUGUAUGUUCUGGAAAUGUCUGUCCUGGAUGUUUUUGGUCUCCUUUAUGAGUUUAAUAAUAUGCUGUGUUUAUGGUCUCCAAGUAUAAUAUCUAGGAUUCAGCAUAUAUCCAGGUUAUUAAAUUACUUGUCUAAAGGUCAUUUGUACUUUCCAAAGGAAAAGUAUAAGAAAAUAAAUUACAUAUUUCAGUGUUUUCCAGGAAUUGAAUUAUAAGAACACUUAAGAAGGAUUGUUAACUAAACCACAGUCAUAAAUAUGUUACAUUCUCCAUUCAUCUUAGAGAAGGGAGCAUUAGUACUGGUGAAGUGAAAUGUUCCACUAGAAAUUCAGUGAGGUUUUGGCAGCUGUUUGCAUGGAAUUAAGGUCAUUUAAACACUUUCUUGUAGCUUCUAAACAAUGCUUAGAUACUAAGAGGAAUGUGUGUAUAUCUAAUAUUUUGAUUCUGGUCUUAUUAGAGUUCUCAGUGUGGUUUCCUGGCAUCUGGGUCAGUGAGCUCAUUAUUUUCUAGACUGCUCUGUCUCUUGAAAAAAGGACAGUGCUAAAACUGGCAAAGAGUUGUAACUAGGUGAUCCCUUACAGCCUUUCCAACCCAAACCAGUAUGCUCCUACAACAGAGGGGUCUCAUAAACAGCACAACUAAUGAGGUCUGGGUGCUUAUUACCCAGAUUUUGUGACAGAUCAUAAGAGUGCUCUUACUCUCAGAGCUCCCAGGCGCUCCCUUAUUUCAUCCACUAUAAUGACCAAAGGUAGCUUACUAUCCCCAGCCUUCUGUUCAACUGCUGGCUGCUCUGUGGCCCUUCACAGGCUGGCCACUGCUUGCCACUUGACUGACAGGCAUGCAGAACGCCUGGCUCCUCAACUGGAGACCUGUACAGAUAGUUUUGAGAGGUACAUACGUGUCCCCCACUCAGUUAUAUGAGGUUGACCUUAGUAACUGUGAAGUUUGUAUCAGUUUUCACUGUAUCAGCCAACUGGCUUUGUGUUUGAGGUGUCUUACAGUUAAAAUAAGCCAGGGCAAUUGUUUAAUUUUUAACUUUAGGGGAGUUUAGUUUUGGAAUAGUUUUCAUCUGUCUUUAUCAACUGUCACUUUGUAAUUUCUUGGGUUUUUUUUUCAGAAAAGCAGGCUAAUAGCUAAUGGGGCAUUUGUCAGUGUAAAAUUGUAAAGGUCCAGUGUUUGAGCAGGAAAGCUUUGUCAAGUGAUGAGAGGUUGGAUCACAUACAGCAGUACUUGUGUCAUGUUCCUGGAGAGGCUGCAAGGCCGGUUGCUGAACAGCACAGACAUGUCUUAAAAAGCAAGAGUAAGAGAUCCCAACUCUAAUGGCCCAUUUACUGGAGCUUGGUUCUUGGUAAUCCUCAUGAUGAUAGGCUUUGUAAUUGGAAUCCUGUGGGAGUUCAUGGAGGUAAUAAAAGGAGAGGUGUUCCCCAGCAUUCCUGAGCUGCAGACCUCUUCAGCAUAUAACUGCAACCCUAUGUUUCUUACUCUUUUGCCAGAGAUGAUCAAAUAUUUAUAAAAACCAUACUGAUUAAUUAAUAUGGCUUUGUGGAAGAAUGCAUGAAAUAAUUAUAAAUGCCUUAUUCAACAUACCUAGUUUUAGCUGAGCUGUUAAGAGAGUUUGGAGGGUUCUAAAAUCAUCAACAGAUUCAAAAUUAUAAAAUGAGUCAGGAAUUGGCUACAAGACACCUGGAAAUUGAAUUUUUUUAAUAUGCAUUUUUUUUAAUGGAGAGAAGGGUGAAUUAGGCUGUCAUUGCACAGUAUUCAUUACUACAUUCCUUACUCAUGGACAAAAACAGUAAAGAUACACUGCUGAAUUUUGCUUUUAAGAAAAUAAUGACAUACUGCUAUUAGAGAUUAAAAUUAGGAUGCACUAGAUGCAAAUUGGACUAGUGAGACAGUGUUGAGAUCUGAACCAUAAUGUACAAGAAAUCUUGUAUCAGUGAAAGAAAUUCAGGAUCAAACUGGAGUAAAGAGAAAACUGCAAUAAAUAAUAUGGAAAACCAGAAACUCAGCCUUAUAAUGACCUUGGAAAUUUUGACAAUUAUUCAUUCUAAUAAAAGUAGAGAGAGGGUAUCAACAGUGUUGAUAAUUGUAAGAGUGAAUAAAUAUAUAAAGGAAAAUAAAGUCAAAUAACAAUUUUAACAGAAGAACAAAUAUAUCUAAGCAUUAAUAAAUUGAUUGUGUAAGUAAGAGGUUUACAGUCUCUACACCAAUGUACACCAAUGGAAUAGAAUUUUUGUGCUAAUAGUGUGGUAAAAGAAAACUUUCUGAAACAUUGCUUGUAUGAAAGUGAUCAUAUGAUGUCUUGUCUAAAACAGCAUAGUUGGACUUGAUUACAGUAGAUGUUUCCAUGUUCACAAUAUAAAUGUGAACAUUACUGAAAUUGGUAAUUUUAUCUACAGAAAGCGCGUUGUAGGUUGGAGCUUGAUAUAAAAAUUACAUGUAAGCGGAGAAAAAUGUCCAGUAUCUAUUGUCAGUUCCAGAAUUUUGCAGAAAGGUUUACAUUUCUUUUAGAAAAUGUGUUAUUUUAUGUGAUGACAAAUAAACUUUAAAAUUCACAUACUUUUUUAAAAAAGUUUUUUUCAAAUGUGGCAAACUAAUGUUACUGAAGCAACACUGCUUUUGAAGAUUCAGCCUUUUGAGGACCAGGCUUUUAAAUUAAUAAGAAAAGGGUAUUCUAGAGAAUUCUGACAUAUGAAAAAGUUUUAUGAUUUAUGGAAGCUGGGGUUUAUGAGGCCAUACAUUAUCAGAAUAAAUGGUGGUCUUGUUCUUCUGUAUUUUCCUAGUUCCUCAGGCUUAGAAUGGAAAGAGUGAAUGCGUUGAGAUUGUCUGGCCAUGGGAAGGAGAAGAUGCCUGCUCCAAGGGUGCCAGUGCUGGCAGCAAGAUCACUGGAUCUCUUCUCUUCCAGGAGACAUGGAGGAAUAGAUUGAAGAAAACAUGGCAAAUCAACGGGAUUACAUUAGCAGACCUAUUUGCAAUGGAAUUUCUGUUCCUGAAAAUAAAAUCAAUUCCUUAGUGGCUGAAGGUCAUGGACAACAAAUUCUAAAAGUACUACAAAAGUUCAGAGAACAAAAUACAUUUUUUGAUUUUAAAAUUCUUGUGAAAGAUGAAAUAAUUCCCUGUCAUCGUUGUGUACUGGCAGCAUGCAGUGAUUUUUUCAGAGCCAUGUUUGAAGUUAAUAUGAAAGAACGAGAUGAUGGCAAUGUUACUAUUAGUAACCUAUCACCCAAAGCAGUGAAAGCUUUUCUUGAUUAUGCUUACACAGGAAAAACGGAGAUAACCAAUGAUAAUGUGGAAAUGCUCUUCCAACUAUCAUCAUUUCUUCAAGUUUCACUCCUUUCCAAAGCUUGCAGUGACUUCCUAAUAAAAAGUAUUGAUCUUGUGAAUUGCUUACAGUUGCUUUCUCUAUCAGAAAGUUAUGGGUCUGUCCGCUUGUUUGAUCAUGCUCUAGAUUUUGUACAACACCACUUUUCGUUGCUACUCAGAUCGAGUGAUUUCUUGGAGAUGAAUUUUGAGAUAUUACAAAAAUGUCUUGAGGCUGAUGAACUAAAUGUCCCUGAGGAAGAAUCAGUGUUGAAAGCUGUCCUCCAAUGGACCAAACACAACUUAGAAACACGGCAGAAAUAUCUGCCUAAUUUGAUUAAAAAAGUGAGAUUGCACCAGUUACCUGAAAAGACUUUGCAGGACUUUUUGCAUUCUGAAGAACACUUACUUAAGAGUGCUAAUUGCUCAGUAAUAAUCAAUGAUGCAGUUAAAAGUGUGCAGAACUUCAGUGGAUUGUUUCCAGAUGCACGUCCUUCAACAACAGAAAAAUAUAUAUUUGUUCAUAAAACUGAUGAAGAUGGAGAAAACAGACACACAUUCUGCUACAACAUCAAAACAGAUAAAUGGAAAGAGCUACCACAUACGCAUAUGAUUGAUCUACCAGGAUCAAGUUUGUCUAGCUAUGGAGAAAAAAUAUUUAUAACUGGAGGAUGCAAGGGGAAUUGUUAUAGGACUGUCAGGCUCCAUAUUGCUGAACCGUUUCAUGAUGCCACUGACCAAACCUGGUGCUACUGUCCAGUCAGCAAUGAAUUCUCCAUAGUGUCAGCUAUGAAAAAACCGAGGACAAUGCACACAUCUGUUGUAACCUUAAAUCAGCUCUUUGUAAUAGGUGGAAAGACCAGAGGAGCACAAGAAACUCGGAGUCUUUUGGAUGUAGAAUCUUAUAACCCUCUUUCCAAAGACUGGAAAUCUGUAAGCCAGUUACCAAGAGGUAUUUACUAUCCAGAAGCAAGUGCAUGCCAGAAUAUAAUUUAUGUCCUUGGCUCAGAAGUAGAGAUUACUGAUGCCUUUAAUCCAUCUCUUGACUGUUUCUUUAAGUACAAUGCUAUGACUGAUCAGUGGUCUGAGCUUGUAGCAGAAUUUGGGCAGUUUUUCCACGCAACUCUAAUCAAAGCUGUUCCAGUGAACUGUACAUUGUACAUAUGUGAUCUCUCCACCUACAAGGUCUACAGUUUUUGCCCAGAAACCUGUGUUUGGAAAGGGGAAGGAUCUUUUGAAUGUGCUGGCUUUAAUGCAGGGGCAGUUGGGACGGAAGACAAAAUUUAUAUACUAGGUGGUGAUUAUGCUCCAGAAGAAAUCACAGAUGAAGUUCAAGUCUACCACAGUAGUAGAUCUGAGUGGGAAGAAGUUUCACCAAUGCCAAGAGCCUUAACUGAGUUUUACUGUCAGGUCAUUCAGUUUAAUAAAUACAGGGACCCCUGGUCACCCAUACUGACGAUUUGCUCUGGAGAAUUUUGAAACUCCCAAGUCAAAAGAGUCUAUUUAAAUGCACAAGCUGUAGAACAGUUUCUAAGUAUUAGUUUACAGAUGAAGAAGUAUGUACUUGUUUGUUUAAAUUUUCAGUUUAAAUUAAAUGCUGUAGGAUUGCUUUUGGAAGAGUCCAUUAAAAUGUCAUUCAUGCUAGUUGUUAUGCAGACAGUAUUACUUAAUUUUUAUAUACAACUCUUCUCUGUAAUUAUCAGAUUAUUUUUCAAAAUUAUAUCAAUUUUCCAAAAAGAAUAUUCAUGAGGAAUUAGUUGUGUAAUAUGUGCCAUUAUUUCUGUAAUAUUCACAGUUGUCCCAAUAGACAAAUUGCUAAAUGAGGAAACUGACUGUGAUACUGUUUUCCCUAUGUAACUGAAGUUUAAAAGACAUUUUCAUUAGUGUUAGAUUUUCUAUGUUCAUAAACCUGCAAGAGGAAUUCCUUGUCAGCUUUAUCUUAUCUCAAUGACCUUAGCAAGGACAAGAGCCAAAGUGACCUUCACAGUAUUAAAACCAGGUAUCUAACUUGAAGAGGCUGAUAAUUCCUGUCAUCUUACUUCAGGCUCUUCAGUUUUACCAGUUUUUCUCCAUCCUUGUGCCUUAGUAGUAGCUUUACUUUCUGUUCCCAUCCCAUUAACUCUGGCAAACUAAACUUCCAUAACAUACUGCAGGAUAGGUAAGAUUUCUACAUGAUAGACGGUUCACGCGGUAUCUUUGCCUCUGUCAUGUUGCUAACUAAAGAAAAAACACUUCAGGAUAUUUUCUAACAGAAGUCUUCCACCUCUGAAGUCUUCAGUGCUACCUACUAAGCAGUCACUAGGCUGCUUAUAGCAGCAAGCUGUAAAAAGAAUCGUAGCUGUUCCUUCGGUUAACUAUGGGAAAAGUUUGUAUCUUGUCAUACAGCAAAUACAAAAUUAUGAAACUGCACCCCCAUCUUAAAAGUCAAUAGUAAAUAGUAUUUCUGAGGUGAGAAAUCAUCUCUUAUGGUUUAAAUUAAUUAAAACACUUUAUCUUGAACUUCAUGGUAAUUUUAGAUAUUAAAGUAUUACACAGUAAACACUACACAAUAUAUUGCUUGAUAAGCUUUAAGUAGUCAGCUAUGAUAAUGUUAAAAUUGUAAUGGACUUUUAGUGCUAAUAUUAGUCUAGCCAUAUGUUGUGAAGUAAAUUUGAUCUCAUGCUUACAAAGUCAGUCCUCUUUCUUACAGGAGAACAUUGAAAUUAGCUGUUUCAUAAAUUAGUUUGUAAUCUUCCACACCCUUCUUACCAGGUAUCCAGAUAAGACAAUGAGAGCUGUUAUGUUCCGUGUAAGUAUUGUGAAAGCAGUAAGGUUGUCUUCUGCCAGACAGAAUAAUGGUUCGAAACAUUUAAUCACAUCUUUUCAAGCAGUUUAAAUCAUGAUAAAAUUUAGUGAGGCAUCAGAGACAUCUUUCAUGUCUUGAGACAACUGUGGUAAGUUCAUUAUCACAUCACUACUGCAUGUACUUUUUGCAAAACCCAAGCUGAAUAUUAAUGCUUAAAGCUUAAUAUUGCCUAGAACAUGCUUCUGUUUUGAACAGUAAACAAUGGAAGGUUCUUAUUCUGUGAUUGACUCUGUAAUUUGUUAUCAGAUACCUUUACAAAUUUAGGUAACAUUCAUCAUAACUAUUUUCUUAAGUAUGUAAAAUAAAAUCAUGUACAUUUGGAGAACACGUUAAUAGAGCAGGACCCUUCCACUCAGUAAUUUCUGUAUAUUAAUAUGUGUGUCAGUUCUGUAGAAGUAAGUAGCUAGCUACAAUAUUUCAGGCAACUUCCACAUUUAUUUUGGGUUUUUUUCAUAAUAGGUCUCCGAAUCAUAUUUUAACAUAGCUUGGUAACCUUUACAAUCACCUUACUGAAAUGCAAGUAUUUUUAUAUUGGGACACAACUACUUUUUGUUAGUGCAAAGCAAAUGUAUUGAGUAGAGAGAGGAAGAAUACUAUUCCUACUUACUGAAACAAUAAGACCAAACACAUAGGAAAAUGGUAGUUUUAGUUUUAAUGAAGCUACUCAGGGCAGCAUAGAGAUUUUAUUAAUCAUUACUUAUUGCAACUUGUCACAUCAUUGGAAUACAAGGCCCAAUUCACCUUUGCUUGUGCAUUUGUGUUGUAUUCAAUCCUGAGUAAUACAAGUAUGCAAUUUAUGCAUUGAGAAAAGUAACAUAUUAUGCCCAUAGUACAUGGACAUAAAUAGCUAUGCAAAAUGGAAGAGAUAGAGAAUUGCAAGAGUGUUUUAACUGCCAAUGUCAUGACCAAGUCGCUGGAUCACAUAAACAGCAAGCGAGUGAGUCAUUCAGGUGAUGCUCUUUCCCCUAAGCUUUUCCCUACAGCAGAUCUUUUUGGCUCUCUUCCACCCAGCUACUUGCUGUAAGACUGGUAUCUGACAUCAGACAGAGAAUGACGUAUGUGAAAAAUUCCUCAGUAUAGACAGUGAAAACUGACUGAAGCUGAAUUGGGAAAAUAGACAUGCUGCUUUAAUAUUUUACACUACACUUGUGCAGGAACUAAUGUCAGUUCCCAGUUUGACAAAUCACUCAUGGGUUUCACAGGGAGUUGAGCUCUUACUCAGUGAUCAGGAAAUAAUGUAGUAAUGUCAGUUACUUUCUAGCAUUGCUUACAGAAGAGUUACUGUGAAAUGGUACUGAUUUUCUGCAGUUAAGCUGGUAAACCUGUACUACAGCUCUCACAGAAGGAAAAAGGAUCAUUUGCCACAUUUCUGCAGUUAAGCUGGUAAACCUGUACUACAGCUCUCACAGAAGGAAAAAGGAUCAUUUGCCACAUUUCCACAUACAAAGUAUUAAAUCUGUUAGCAGAACUGAAAACAGAAGAAGCAGAAACGUUAGGAAGUCAUGGUUAAAAACAAGGUUUUAUGAUAGAAGUAAGGACCUAUGUUUAAAUCCCUGUGAUUAACUGCUAAAGAUGUAAGAAAUCUCAGUGAACUACAUGAAAGAAUAUGAAUUACUUGCAUGAAUAACUUGUAGUCUGGAUCAAACAUUUUUCAGUCUACCCAGCAUUUAUGGAACUAAAAAGUCACAAAAUUAAUGUAAAGUGAGUUUUUUUAGUAUCUUAUGACUUUUCAAAGAUCUUUGAAUCAAAGCUUUAUCAAAAAGUACCUUCCUCUAAAAAUAGUCAGUAACUAGAUUAAUGAUUAUGUAUGUUCUCACUGAAACAGUGAUGUUUAAACACACAAAAUGCAUGUAAAAUUAUAAUCUACUAUUUGCACUUAAAUGAUGUAACCAAAAUAUUUCUAAUAGUAUUCUAUUUUAUGUCACAGAAUACAUUAUAAGCAUGACCAGUAUAAUAUACAUGAAGAUAAUAUAUAUUGUAUGUGGGAUUUUAAUAUCCAGUGAUGAUUAUAUUGGCUAAUCUUAAUCUUUAAAGAAUGCUAUCAAAACAUUAUGGCACUUUGGUAAUGUUAUCAUACUGGUUUAGUUGUUAUAAUAAAGAUCACUUAUUCAGGUGUUUUAUUGAUUUUGUUUGCACAGACCUGAUGAUUAUCAUUUAAGGACUAAUUAAUUUGUUUUCUAUAUUCUUAAUACAUUUGUAGCAAGUCAGUUUACUGCUGUUAAAAAUUUGUUAUAUUUACAAAAUGGAAUAGAUUUUCUGGGUCCCAUGUAUUUAAGGGUAUUACUCUGUGAAGAAAAGUUUACCUCCUCUGGUUAAUAUAGGGUAGUAGUUAAGGUAUAGGCUAUAGAAUGUGCUAACUGCAGUUCCUAAUGUGGAGGUUAAUUUUAGAUGUUUCUGUUUGUAGGUGACCAACAGGAGGCAGCAUAAGAUCUAUUUUAAUUAAAACAGGCUGAAAACAGGGAUGUAUUUGACAAUAUUUAUAGCUGAACAUUAUGCUCAAUUUACUUUUUUCCUUCUAACACCCAGUAAAGCAUAGAGAACAGUAACAUUUUGCUGCUGCCUGGGCUCUGCUGAUAUGUGGAAAGUACAAUACUACACGUUUGCUGAGAUGUUAAUUCUUUUGUGAAAUAAAGCACUGAG